AUGGCGUUUGACGUCAGGUUUGACGUCAGGUUUGAGGUCAGGUUUGAGGUCAGGUUUGAGGUCAGGUUUGACGUCAGGUUUGACGUCAGGUUUGAGGUCAGGUUUGAGGUCAGGUUUGAGGUCAGGUUUGACGUCAGGUUUGAGGUCAGGUUUGACGUCAGGUUUGAGGUCAGGUUUGACGUCAGGUUUGACAUCAGGUUUGAGGUCAGGUUUGACGUCAGGUUUGACAUCAGGUUUGAGGUCAGGUUUGACGUCAGGUUUGAGGCCAGGUCUGAGGUCAAGUUUGACGUCAGGUUUGACGUCAGGUUUGAGGUCAGGUUUGAGGUCAGGUUUGACGUCAGGUUUGAGGUCAGGUUUGAGGUCAGGUUUGACGUCAGGUUUGAGGUCAGGUUUGACGUCAGGUUUGAGGUCAGGUUUGAGGUCAGGUUUGAUGUCAGGUUUGAGGUCAAGUUUAAAUCAGGUUUGAGGUCUGAGGUCAAGUUUGACGUCAGGUUUGACGUCAGGUUUGAGGUCAGGUUUGACAUCAGGUUUGAGGUCAGGUUUGAGGUCAGGUUUGACGUCAGGUUUGAGGUCAGGUUUGAGGUCAGGUUUGAGGUCAGGUUUGACGUCAGGUUUGAGGUCAGGUUUGAGGUCAGGUUUGACGUCAGGUUUGACAUCAGGUUUGAGGUCAGGUUUGACAUUAGGUUCGAGGUUAGGUUUGAGGUCAGGUUUGAGGUCAGGUUUGAGGUCAGGUUUGACGUCAGGUUUGAGGUCAGGUUUGAGGUCAGGUUUGAGGUCAGGUUUGAGGUCAGGUUUGAGGUCAGGUUUGACGUCAGGUUUGACGUCAGGUUUGACGUCAGGUUUGAGGUCAGGUUUGAGGUCAGGUUUGACGUCACUUUUGACGUCAGGUUUGAGGUCAGGUUUGACAUCAGGUUUGAGGUCAGGUUUGAGGUCAGGUUUGAGGUCAGGUUUGAGGUCAGGUUUGACGUCAGGUUUGACGUCAGGUUUGAGGUCAGGUUUGACGUCAGGUUUGAGGUCAGGUUUGAGGUCAGGUUUGACGUCAGGUUUGACAUCAGGUUUGAGGUCAGGUUUGACAUUAGGUUCGAGGUUAGGUUUGAGGUCGGGUUUGAGGUCAGGUUUGAGGUCAGGUUUGACGUCAGGUUUGAGGUCAGGUUUGAGGUCAGGUUUGAGGUCAGGUUUGAGGUCAGGUUUGAGGUCAGGUUUGAGGUCAGGUUUGAGGUCAGGUUUGACGUCAGGUUUGACGUCAGGUUUGAGGUCAGGUUUGAGGUCAGGUUUGACGUCACUUUUGACGUCAGGUUUGAGGUCAGGUUUGACAUCAGGUUUGAGGUCAGGUUUGAGGUCAGGUUUGAGGUCAGGUUUGAGGUCAGGUUUGACGUCAGGUUUGACGUCAGGUUUGAGGUCAGGUUUGAGGUCAGGUUUGAGGUCAGGUUUGAGGUCAGGUUUGACAUCAGGUUUGAGGUCAGGUUUGACAUCAGGUUUGAGGUCAGGUUUGAGGUCAGGUUUGACGUCAGGUUUGACGUCAGGUUUGAGGUCAGGUUUGACGUCAGGUUUGACGUCAGGUUUGAGGUCAGGUUUGAGGUCAGGUUUGACGUCACUUUUGACUUCAGGUUUGAGGUCAGGUUUGACAUCAGGUUUGAGGUCAGGUUUGAGGUCAGGUUUGACGUCAGGUUUGAGGUCAGGUUUGAGGUCAGGUUUGACGUCAGGUUUGAGGUCAGGUUUGAGGUCAGGUUUGAGGUCAGGUUUGAGGUCAGGUUUGAGGUCAGGUUUGACGUCAGGUUUGACGUCAGGUUUGACGUCAGGUUUGAGGUCAGGUUUGAGGUCAGGUUUGACGUCAGGUUUGACGUCAGGUUUGAGGUCAGGUUUGACAUUAGGUUCGAGGUUAGGUUUGAGGUCAGGCUUGAGGUCAGGUUUGAGGUCAGGUUUGACGUCAGGUUUGAGGUCAGGUUUGAGGUCAGGUUUGAGGUCAGGUUUGACAUCAGGUUUGAGGUCAGGUUUGACAUCAGGUUUGAGGUCAGGUUUGAGGUCAGGUUUGACGUCAGGUUUGACGUCAGGUUUGAGGUCAGGUUUGACGUCAGGUUUGACGUCAGGUUUGAGGUCAGGUUUGAGGUCAGGUUUGACGUCACUUUUGACUUCAGGUUUGAGGUCAGGUUUGACAUCAGGUCUGAGGUCAAGUUUGACGUCAGGUUUGACGUCAGGUUUGACGUCAGGUUUGAGGUCAGGUUUGACAUCAGGUUUGAGGUCAGGUUUGAGGUCAGGUUUGAGGUCAGGUUUGACGUCAGGUUUGACGUCAGGUUUGAGGUCAGGUUUGAGGUCAGGUUUGACGUCAGGUUUGACGUCAGGUUUGAGGUCAGGUUUGACAUUAGGUUCGAGGUUAGGUUUGAGGUCAGGCUUGAGGUCAGGUUUGAGGUCAGGUUUGACGUCAGGUUUGAGGUCAGGUUUGAGGUCAGGUUUGAGGUCAGGUUUGACAUCAGGUUUGAGGUCAGGUUUGACAUCAGGUUUGAGGUCAGGUUUGAGGUCAGGUUUGACGUCAGGUUUGACGUCAGGUUUGAGGUCAGGUUUGACGUCAGGUUUGACGUCAGGUUUGAGGUCAGGUUUGAGGUCAGGUUUGACGUCACUUUUGACUUCAGGUUUGAGGUCAGGUUUGACAUCAGGUCCGAGGUCAGGUUUGAGGUCAGGUUUGAGGUCAGGUUUGAGGUCAGGUUUGACGUCAGGUUUGAGGUCAGGUUUGAGGUCAGGUUUGAGGUCAGGUUUGAGGUCAGGUUUGAGGUCAGGUUUGAGGUCAGGUUUGAGGUCAGGUUUGACGUCAGGUUUGAGGUCAGGUUUGAGGUCAGGUUUGACGUCAGGUUUGAGGUCAGGUUUGAGGUCAGGUUUGAGGUCAGGUUUGACGUCAGGUUUGAGGUCAAAUUUGACGUCAGGUUUGAGGUCAGGUUUGAGGUCAGGUUUGAGGUCAGGUUUGAGGUCAGGUUUGACGUCAGGUUUGAGGUCAGGUUUGACGUCAGGUUUGAGGUCAGGUUUGAGGUCAGGUUUGACGUCAGGUUUGACAUCAGGUUUGACAUCAGGUUUGACGUCAGGUUUGACGUCAGGUUUGAGGUCAGGUUUGACGUCAGGUUUGAGGUCAGGUUUGAGGUCAGGUUUGACGUCAGGUUUGACGUCAGGUUUGAGGUCAGGUUUGACGUCAGGUUUGAGGUCAGGUUUGAGGUCAGGUUUGACGUCAGGUUUGAGAUCAGGUUUGAGGUCAGGUUUGACGUCAGGUUUGACGUCAGGUUUGACGUCAGGUUUGAGGUCAGGUUUGACGUCAGGUUUGAGGUCAGGUUUGAGGUCAGGUUUGACGUCAGGUUUGACGUCAGGUUUGAGGUCAGGUUUGACGUCAGGUUUGACGUCAGGUUUGAGGUCAGGUUUGAGGUCAGGUUUGACGUCAGGUUUGAGGUCAGGUUUGACGUCAGGUUUGAGGUCAGGUUUGAGGUCAGGUUUGAGGUCAGGUUUGAGGUCAGGUUUGACGUCAGGUUUGAGGUCAGGUUUGACAUCAGGUUUGACGUCAGUUUGAGGUUUGAGGUCAGGUUUGACGUCAGGUUUGAGGUCAGGUUUGACGUCAGGUUUGACGUCAGGUUUGACGUCAGGUUUGAGGUCAGGUUUGAGGUCAGGUUUGACGUCAGUUUUGAUGUCAGGUUAGAGGUCAGGUUUGACAUUAGGUUCGAGGUUAGGUUUGAGGUCAGGUUUGAGGUCAGGUUUGACAUUAGGUUCGAGGUAAGGUUUGAGGUCAGGUUUGAGGUCAGGUUUGAGGUCAGGUUUGAGGUCAGGUUUGAGGUCAGGUUUGAGGUCAGGUUUGACAUCAGGUUUGAGGUCAGGUUUGACAUCAGGUUUGAGGUCAGGUUUGAGGUCAGGUUUGACAUCAGGUUUGACGUCAGUUUGAGGUUUGAGGUCAGGUUUGAGGUCAGGUUUGACGUCAGGUUUGACGUCAGGUUUGAGGUCAGGUUUGAGGUCAGGUUUGACGUCAGUUUUGAUGUCAGGUUAGAGGUCAGGUUUGACAUUAGGUUCGAGGUUAGGUUUGAGGUCAGGUUUGAGGUCAGGUUUGACAUUAGGUUCGAGGUUAGGUUUGAGGUCAGGUUUGAGGUCAGGUUUGAGGUCAGGUUUGAGGUCAGGUUUGAGGUCAGGUUUGAGGUCAGGUUUGACAUCAGGUUUGAGGUCAGGUUUGACAUCAGGUUUGAGGUCAGGUUUGAGGUCAGGUUUGACGUCAGGUUUGACGUCAGGUUUGACGUCAGGUUUGACGUCAGGUUUGAGGUCAGGUUUGACAUCAGGUUUGAGGUCAGGUUUGAGGUCAGGUUUGAGGUCAGGUUUGAGGUCAGGUUUGACGUCAGGUUUGAGGUCAGGUUUGAGGUCAGGUUUGACGUCACUUUUGACGUCAGGUUUGAGGUCAGGUUUGACACCAGGUUCGAGGUCAGGUUUGAGGUCAGGUUUGAGGUCAGGUUUGACGUCAGGUUUGAGGUCAGGUUUGAGGUCAGGUUUGACGUCAGGUUUGAGGUCAGGUUUGAGGUCAGGUUUGAGGUCAGGUUUGAGGUCAGGUUUGAGGUCAGGUUUGAGGUCAGGUUUGAGGUCAGGUUUGAGGUCAGGUUUGAGGUCAGGUUUGAGGUCAGGUUUGACAUCAGGUUUGAGGUCAGGUUUGAGGUCAGGUUUGAGGUCAGGUUUGAGGUCAGGUUUGAGGUCAGGUUUGAGGUCAGGUUUGAGGUCAGGUUUGAGGUCAGGUUUGAGGUCAGGUUUGAGGUCAGGUUUGAGGUCAAGCUUGAGGUCAGGUUUGAGGUCAGGUUUGACGUCAGGUUUGAGGUCAGGUUUGACGUCAGGUUUGAGGUCAGAUUGAGGUCAGGUUUGAGGUAA